AUGGCUUGUUGGGUGACUUCGGCAAUCGGCUUUGCGGGCUUCGUGCUCCUCGCCCAGGCGGCGCGUGGAGGUGGUUCAAGCAGCUACCAGGCACCAUACCAACCGCCUUCGCCGGCAGGCUACGGUGGUCCACGUCCGCCGCCUCCAGCACCUUCCGGAUCUUACCAACCUCCACCACCACCCUCUGGAUACUACCAACCAGCUCCGCCUCCGGAUUGCCCAGAACCCAGCACUACCGAGGCCCCAACUCCUGCUCCAACCCCGGCUCCUACCACCGUGGCGACGACCCCUGAGCCUAUCACUACGCCUACCACGACCGCGCUGCCGACCACCAAGCCGAGUGCUAAUGGGGGUUCGGGAGGGCAAGUUGCCUGCCAAUGCUUCAAUUCGACCAAGAUCGAAGAGCCGCUCCGCAACCUCGAUGGGGCCGUAGCCGAGCUCGAUUCAAAUGACCAGGAUGUACCCGCAAACUGCGGCAUCCCCAACACCGGCGACAUCACAUGUGAAAUCCAGGGAGACACCCCGCCCUACACGCUCACACUUGACUACUACGAUCGUCAUGAAAAACUCUUCUGGACGGACACGCGAUGCCUGACCACAAAUCUGGUCGUCGACACGGUCUGCGAGGACCGCGAAAGCUAUGCCUUCCCGGGGUACCACCACACUGCGCUGUACUUUCUGAAGAAUGCGCCCGAGGAGCAUAGAAAAACCGGCGUGGCACAUUUCAAAUGCUCGGUCGGCGAGCCAUGUCAACCA